CAGAGAAAUAUAUGCUGGAAAGCUGAUGGGAAGAGUUCGCUGCUUCGAGGGGGAAAGUUGGGUUUUCCAGCAGAGAAACCAUGAAGACCUUAUUCAUUUUUGCCCUUGUGAUGAGUGUUUGGUCUUGUUCUGGGUUGCCAGUGUAUGACUAUGAACCAUCUAUCACAGAAGAAGCUCUGCGUGCCUCCAUUGGAAGAGUGAAUUCCAGAUCACAAUGGCCAGCCCUGUUUGGCGUCGUCAGGAGCUACGUUAGAGGGGUUGACCUGUUGGAUAACAAUGACUACAGUAUAGUGCUGGACUUCAUUGUUCGAGAAACCACCUGCACUAAAGAUUCAGAGAAGGAUCCGUCCUUGUGUGACUUCAGAGUGGGACGCUAUGUGCAAACGGCCUUCUGCAGAAGUACAGUGCGGGUCUCUGAAGAGCAGAUACAGAACUUGGCAGUUUACUGCAGCCAGGAUGGGUCCAGCUCAGAAUCCUCAAGCAGCGAGGAGAUGAUGUUCAUGGAAAUGAUGGCCCCAAACAGAAGGGGUGACCGUCGCAAUGAAGCUCAACUUGCUCCUGAGGCCUUCUCUGCAGGGAGAAGACGCCAGAGCUAUAAAGCUCAGCGCCAAUCCAGUAAAGCCAACUCCUACGCAUUGGAAUAACCCCACUCAGUAAAUUGAAGAUCCAACAGGACCAGAAGCCAAGGAACCAGCACAUGAAGGAGGAACUUGCCAGCAAUUAACUUUAUUACAUCAGCAAAAGCCAUUCUGUAACAUAUUGACUCUCUCCCCCCCCCCACCACUUUCAAUUUCAUGGCAAAUGUCCAUUAAAGUGUGCACACAAAUGUGUGGAAAUGGGCAUUCGAUUGCAUUGCUGUAUAUUAGGGCUCAUUUGGAAAGCUGUCUCAAACGCCUAGCACAACUGUCUCCAGUGUGUGGUGCAUCAUCUCAUAAUGGUGCUAUUAAAG